UGUGUAGUGCCACUGACUUUAAGUUAGACCAGCCACUAAAUUACUUACAGUACUGAGAAGGAGUAUUAAUUUGUAUUUGGGACUUAUAUUGAACAGAAGGAGAUAUUCCAUGGCUGUAUAAACAUUGGUGUGUCGGUUAAUGGCUUCAAACUCAGAUAACAUGUAGAACCAGCCUAGGAAUGACUGCCAUCAUGUCAAAGAAAGUAGGAAGGUAGUGGUGUAUAUAACACACCCGUAAACUUGUAAAUACCAAGAUGGCAGAGAGGAGGAACUCCGGGUCACUAUCCUCUAUAGGAGGAAUGUCACCCCGAGACGCCCCUGGCUCGGGACAGACCACACCCCGGAUAGGUCAGGGGGGCAAGGGCAUACAGAUGCAGAUACAGCAGCUAGCAAAUGAGCAGGAGAGGGUCCAGAAGAAAACGUUCACCAACUGGAUGAAUACGUAUCUCAAACAGAAAAAUAUGAAAGUGGAGAAUCUGUUUGAAGACAUUAAAGAUGGUACUCAUCUGCUGUCCCUGUUGGAGGUUCUUUCGGGGGAGAGACUGCCAAUGGAGAGGGGAAGGCUCAAAAGAGUUCAUCAUGUCAGCAACUUGUCUACAGCACUGAAGUUCCUAGAGACCAAGAAAAUCAAACUUGUAAAUAUAAAUGUGUCGGACAUUGCUGAUGGGAAGCCGUCCAUUGUUCUGGGGCUGAUAUGGACCAUCAUCCUAUAUUUCCAGAUUGAAGAUACGUUUGCUCAAGCAGCUGUAGGUGAGGAUGGUCAGCCUCGAGAGUUAUCUGCUCUUGAGAAAUUUCGAAAGAAUGCAAAGAAGGCCCUGCUGGCAUGGACAGGAAACGCUAUCACAAAGCGAUAUGGAAUCGAGAUCACCAAUUUUGGGAAGAGUUGGCGUGAUGGUUUAGCAUUUAACGCAAUCAUACACACCAUUCGCCCUGACCUUGUUGACUUUGAGCAAGUGCGACAACAGAACGCACGUGUCAACCUGGAGCAGGCUUUCUCAACAGCAGAGAACUCACUUGGAAUCCCACGCCUGCUAGAUCCUGAAGACGUGGAUGUUGAGAAGCCUGAUGAGAAAUCCAUCAUGACUUACGUGGCUCAGUUUCUUAAGGCCUACCCGGAGGCAGGAGAGGAUCCCUCGCUUGCGAAGAGGAAGAGAAAUCCUGCCGAGCAGGAGCUUGCAGACUACACCGACCUGAUCACAUGGCUGAACACUGAGGCAGACGAAGUGCUACAGAUAGUGGACCAGCCUGUCACUGAUCGGCAGCAGGAAUAUAUGGACUACCUGGCUUUUAAAACAGAAGUAGACAGACGUGAGAAAACUUUCAAAAAGUUAGAGGACAAAAUCAAAACAAAAACUGCCCAGAGGAUAACUCCAGAGCAGUGGAAAGAACUGGACACCAGGUGGAGCCAGGUGUAUCGACAGACCAGGAUGUGGCUCUGGAAACUGGACGCUAGUCUCCCAGGCCGACUCGGCAAGUUUGGUGACUGGCUGAACCAGGCCGAGGAAAUAAUGGAGUCCCAGCCAGAGGAGCUAGAUAACCGCGAGGACAUGGCGAACCAGCUGGCCAAGUUAGUGGGGGACCACAAGGAGUUCUUCAAAGAAUUGGAACCCUACAAACAGUUUUUCGCUCAAGUUAAGAAGUCCGGUCGCUAUGAUGGGGAGUAUUUACCUGGGCCACAACUAGAUAACCUAACACAGCGACUAAAGACUCUGUCAAAUGAAGUUCCUGUACGAGAAAAGAAAUUAGAGUUUAAUGAGUCUCAGCAGAGAAUUCUAGCUCUACGUGAGCCAACAGAAGCCCGCUUACAACACUGGACAGCCAAACUCGGCCGACAGAUAGAAGUAGAACAGCUUCUCAAUGACUACCAGGAUUUUGUCGUAGCUGGACAUUUAUUUCGCCAUUACGACCAAACAUAUGAGGAACUGAAAAAGAGAGCUGAUGGUUACAAGAAAAUAGCUGAUCAGGAUGAAAAAAGUCGGGUGACAAAGUUCAUGGAGGAGGAAUCUGUUGCCUGGAAAGAAGACGAAUUACAGGUGAAAAAAUCUCAGAAUAUACUGGAGGACACUGUGGAACAGUGGAAACAGUUCACAGUGUGUGUAGACAUCCUGACACCCUGGGUAGCAGACGGUGAAGCCAAGAUAUCUCACGGAACAACAGACGAAAAGCAACAAUUCUUCAGCGAGCUUCCACAAUAUGAAGAGAAACAGAAUGUGCUGAUGGAAUGUGGACAGUACUUAAAGGAGGCCUGCUGUGAGCCUGUGGCUAUGGAGGUAGAACAAACCGUAGAUAAUCUAAUGCAAAAAUUUGUGAGUCUGUCAGACGGGUUUACAACAUUCCAAAACGUGGAAGUGAUAGGGAAGGCUCGGAGCUCCUACGGCGUGGGGGUUGACAGGAUAUCAGACUGGCUACGUAACGCGGAGGAUCUCCUGGGACUAGAGGUUCCCUGUGUACAUUCCACACUUAAGGAUUACCUACAGGAUAUUGAUCUUGUGAAUGGUCAAAUCGCUGAUAUGGAGAAUGACUUUAAGAUAACCACAAAGACAGCUCAAUCCUUGGUGAAGGACAGCUCUCAGGAUAUUGUCAAUGAAAUGCUAACCACUCUCAACAUUCAGAAGGAAGUGAUUGUGAGAGUGAGGAAGGAAAUUCCAGAAAAACUCAAAUAUCUAAAAGCAGUGCUUCCAAACGUAGAAUCUUUAGAAACUGGAAUUUCUGACCUAAACGCCUGGCUUGAUCAAGGCGAGGCAGUCCUGGCAACACACAAGAUGGAGGGAACACCUCAGGCAACUGAAGCUCACCUGGAAAAACAUAAGGCAUUUUUCUCAGAAGUGACUUACCAGAAAUCCAUCAUGGAAAGUAAAAACAAGGUGCACCAAAAGGUCACAUCAACUAAACCCAAAUUAGACAAUGUCAACUUUGACCCGGUGGACAGACCAAUGGAGGAAACUAACCAACGAUUUCAGGCAUGCAUCACUACUGCCAAAGACUGGGAGAAACGCUUGGAGAAUCAGUCACGACUCUGGCGUGUACUUCAGCAGAAACAGGAGGCUGUUGAGGCGUGGCUCGCCCAGGCAGAAGCUGUGCUUAAUGACGGGGCCGACGACCCAGAUAGCCUCAUUAGAAAACACAAGAAAUUCUUUAACCGCGUUGACAACAGACUCCUUGAGGAAUAUCAGAGUACUGGGCGGGAAAUCCUGGCCCAGCUAGACCCUCGGGAACAGAGUGAUCUCAAACACAGCCUAGGCACGACUCAGGAACGCUGGAAAGUUGUCACUAGCCAGGCACCAGUCCGACUGACCAUGCUGGAAUUCCUGGUGCCCGAGGAAAUCUUUGUCCAGUGUAUGGACUCUGCUGAGCAGACACUCACGCAGGAACGACAGUCUCUACAGAAAAAUGAAAAUGUCAAGGAAGUGUUGAGGAAACACAGGCAAUUGUUUGUGGAAGGUCAGUUUACCCAGACGUGUACACAGUGCCUUGAGAAGAUGCAGAAAUUGGCUAACGAUGUGGUCAAGUCUGACCGUCAGGAGACAUCACUACAGGAACGAUAUGAUGAGCAUGCUUCACGUUGGGCUCGGCUCAAUCAUGCUCUAGAUUCCACCCACCUUGAUCUGAAACAGCUUCCAGAAAGAUGGAAGGAUUACAAUCAAAAAUUGGAGGACUUACAGACGUCAGUGGCAGUGGUAGAAGAUCUGAUGGAGCAACUCAAAAAUGAAAACCUGACCAGUGGGGAGUACAAGGACCUUCAGAACAAAUUCCAGAAAGCGUUGCGAAACAUGCGCAAGUUUGAAGAUGAUGCUUCCUGGCUGCAAGAGAGCCUGGGAGAGCUACUGAAGGACUCACCUGAUGCUGAUAAUACUGCUGAGCAGCAACGCCUCCGGGAACUGCUGGCUCGUUUCCAGGGUUUACAGCCGAAGUUGCAGCCCACAGGUGACAAAUCUGCAAUCUUUUCUAAAGCCUAUGACUUCCGUGAUGGUAUUGAAAAGCGAGCCAGUUGGUUGGAGGAAACCCAGAAACUUGUGAUGGACCAGCCAUUCAUUGACGGACUGGAGGAUGCGCGCGCCUAUCUACAUGAACAUGAAAACAUCAUGACAAAACUUGAGUCGGAGCGCCCAAACAUCAUGGCUGACAUCGAGGCUGGCAAACGAUUACAGAGGGAUCGCAAUGCACCCAGCUUUGUGAACAAGACCGUCAGUGACCUAGACAGGAAGUGGAAAGAUACUAACGAACUUGCCAAAGCAAAACAUGCCAAUCUUAAGGAAAAGGUCAAGGACUGGGAACAGUAUGAGACCCAGAAGGGCCAGAUGAUUCAGUACCUUAAGAAGGCAGAGGCAGAGCUUGAGAAGCCUCCUGCAACUACAGGACAGGAACUCGCUCAGAAGGACCUCAACUCAAAGAAGGAGCUUAAAAAUGCACUGAGCAGACUAAAGGGAAACAUUUCUGAGAUGCAGAAACUAAACGCUGCCCUUAGUGAAAGUGCAAGUCGGGAGAGACGAGGACCUCUGAAAGGGGAGCUAACUGAUAUUGACAAACGGCUUGAGAAUGUCUCUGUUAGACUGAAUGCCAAAUUGGCUGACCUAGAGGCCACCAUUGCUAAGUGGACGGAGUACUACAAACGUCUGAAUCACUUCUGUGAUUGGCUGAAUGAGAGAGAGGCUAAACUCAAUGAGGUGUAUGAAAAUAAAUCUGACGCACCUGAAGAACAACUGAAUAAAUCCAAGGCAAUUGCAUCAGAGGUUUAUGAGAAUCACAUUACACUAGAAACUCUAGAGAAGGAUGCUAAGGGUAUGUCACAGAACUUUCGUUCCCGUGAAACUGCUGCUCUGAGGACAAAGCUGGCUAGUGUCCGUCGCCAGUGGGAGAGUCUGUGCUCGCGUGCCCAGGACCGAAGCUCUGCACUGACAGGAAGCGUGGCUCACUGGCAGACACACCAGAACCUGUCGCAGCGCUUGAUGCCUUGGAUAGUGAAGGCAGAAAAAUACUGUGCAACAGAGCUACCAAAGUGCUCCUCACUGGAGGAGGCGCGAGACCUUUAUGAACUUCAUCAGUCCUUCCUGCAUGAGUGCGAGGAACAGUUCCCUGUGUUUGAGAAGAUGAAUACUGAGGCAGGCUACCUUAUGGACCAGCCCAACAUGGCCAAGGAUAUGGAAACUCUCCAGAAACGCUGGAAUGACAUCAUCAGUGCUUCUGAGGGGCGCAGCCAUAAAGUGGACAAAAUGCAUGGUGCGUGGACAGCAUAUGACCAAGAACUCAACAACUUUGAUGAGGUUCUUGAGAAGUUCCAGACCCGCCUCGCACAAGAACCCAAUGUCAGUUCGACAGAUGUCCAAGUUCUCGAGCAUGAACUUGCCAUUUGUAAGACGCUGCAGGAAGAGAUCCGUGGCCAGCAGCCGCAUCUGACUGCCUUACAGAGACAGUUCGAGCAGGUGAAACAGCAUGCUACACCCGACGGUGUCAAGUCACUCAAGUCCAAACACGAUGCAGUGAAAGGAGCGUAUGAGAAAAUCUCCGAGGAUGCAAGUGAACGACAGUCUAUGCUGAACGCUGCAGUACGCCACAGACAGGACUUUUACUCUCAGCUGCAGGACUUCGAGAAGUGGCUGAAGAAAACACAACGAAAACUGGACACUGGAAACGAAAUCUACUCGGACGAAGUUGCAGAGACGCAAUCUAAAUUAAAGGCUCUGAAGGGUGAAUGUGUGGGUCAGGAGCCGACCUUCAACAGUCUCUCCCAGGAAUUCAAAGACCUCAUGAAAGAUUGUAAUGAGGAUGAGGCUGCCAUUUUAAGUGACAGAUUUGACCACCUCAUCGCUGGAUACACCAAGGUGGAGGAUUUGAUCAAGAACCGUGAGGAACUGUGCGAUAACUGGUCAAGUUAUGCCACUGACCACAAGGACACACAGAACCGCCUCAAGGUCCUGAAGGCCAAGUUAGCGUCACCAGACAUCACUGAAGAGGAGGUGACCAAGAUAAACAGGGAGGUUGAAGGACUCUGGCGCAGCAUGGGACCUUGGGCACAGAAGGCGGAGAAGCUUGACGAUCUCAUGGCAACCUCACAGAUGACCAUUAAAGACCGCGCCACACAGCGGACUCUACACUUCGGCACUGAAGUCCAGGCAAUUGAGAGCAUGUGUGGCAAUGUGUCUACCAACGCCAAGCAGAAGGAAGACCACCUGGGUGAACUGACACAACUAUGGGAGGACUUCACUGACAAGAAGGAAGGACUUGUUGACAAACUACAUAUGCUUGCACAGAAGAUUGAUGGUUCCACAGUGGAGAACUCCAGCCUCCAGGGCAUCAAGGACUUGGUGCGAGAAAUUGAGGACGCCAGAGAUGACCUGUUGACUUACAACCCGGAGUACGAGCAGCUACGUGAACUUGGCCGACAGAUCAUGCAGGCUGACAUUAGUAAGGGUGCACCUGUUCAGUCAAACCUGUCAGAGGUAAACAUGGCAUGGGACCAGAUCCAGGCCCUACUCGCCCAGAAACACCAAACAUAUUCUGGUGCCGCAAACCUCUGGCAGCAGUACAAUGAUGCCAAGCAAGGUGUGGCGCGCGUUAUGGAGGAUGUUGAACCUGUGAUUUCACAGGAUGUAACAUUUGCCACCCAGGCAGAGGUCAAGAAGUCCCUUGAUCAACACAAGAAUGCAGAGUUUGAACUACAUGCUAACCAGUCCCAACUGGACCAGAUGAACAACCGUGGACUACAGCUGUUAGAGGAACUGAAGAACACGCCCAACUUCAACGUGGCAGUCCUAGAACAGGACAUGGACCAGGUCAACCAUAAGUGGGAGACUGCCAAUUCAGAUGUUGAGAAUCACAUGGAGAACCUUGAGGCACAGCUUGUAUGCUGGGACCAAGUACAAACUGGGAAAGAAGAGGUGGAGUCAUGGGUCAAUACCAUGGUUACCAAACUUGACGACAGUCUCAAACAUUUUGAUGAUGCUGUGAGCGUGGAAUCCUGUUUAAUGAAAUACAAGGAGGAGGCUCCUUAUUUCAAGGAAGUUUUGUCAGAGCUCCAGCAGAAGGUACAGGACCUAACUGAGCUAAACAAGGACCACGAGAUACCAGGGCUGGUUGCCCAGCAGGAGGCCAUCGAGGAGCAGAUGGAAAAGGCAACCAACAUGGCCAGCAAGCUUGAGAGCAUAAUGACCGACUUCUCUGAUGAACGUGGAACUCUUCAGAAGGAGGUGGAAAAGGAGGUCAGAUUUGUUAACAAGAUCAAGGACAAGCUUGCAAAAUGUGACGAUGUUUCUGGGACUGAUGAAGAUCUUGUGAAGAGGCUGCAGAUAUGUAGGGAACUACAAGCUGAAAUGGACAGUCACAGGAAAAACGUCAAAGAUCUACAAGAAAAAUCAAAUGCACUUCAAGCCAAAUAUCCUUCAGCUGAAACAAGCAACCUUGCCAAAGAUGCAAUCGUGCUUACCAAGAAAUUUGAAGCUUCUCGUAAUCGUGCUGACAAGAUUGAGGACACCCUGGAGAGCUCACUGGAACAGCACUGCCAAGAUGCCCAACUACAACAGCAACGCUGGCUUACUGCUGCCAAGGAGAAAGUAGCUUGGUGUGGGGACAUUGCUGGGGACCGCUACAGUGUGGAGGCCAAGCUUGGCACCAUCAAGGAACUGAUGGGAAAUACCAAAGAAGGAGAGAAGAAAAAGGCUCUGGCUGCCUCUAAGGUUGAUAUGGUCAAGGCUGUCCUUCCCAAGGAGAAACAAGCAGAGCUGGAUAGACAGAAGAAAGAAGCAGAAAAAGAUUGGGCAGACCUGGUCAAGCAGAUGGACAGCACACAACAUAAACUGGAGAGCUCCAUUGACCAGUGGAUGCAGUAUGACAAUAAGUACGAAGGUCUCUCCCAGUGGCUGAAGGCCACCGAGGCUAGGAUCCGCAAUGAGGCUAGCCUUAAACCCGACCUACAGAACAAAAUGGACCAGUUGGAGCUCUUUGGUGAAAUGGAGCUGGAGGUGCAGGCCCAUCGCUCACAGUUUGAAGCAUUGAAGGAUUCUGCUCAGGAAAUCUCACGCUCCACUGGAGAUGGGCGCACAGCAUCAUACGCCGGCCAGCUGUACACUAGAUACCAGUCUCUCUCAUCUUCUGUCAAGGAACAAGUUGAGAAGUGUGAGGAAAAUGUAGAGGAUCAUGAUAGUUACAUUCAGCGACACAAGUCAUGUGUGGACUGGCUGAAAUCAGCCCAACAAAACCUUGAGGAGUGUUCCAAUCUGGCUGACGACCCACAGUCUCUACAGGCCAAGAUUGAAACUGUAGAGGACCUGUUAGAAAGCAAGGAACAAGGGCUGGGCAAAUUUAACUCAGCCUUAGAAUCGGGAGAGAAACUCUACCCGAAUACCUCAAAUGACGGGCGUGAGGGAGUUCGCCGUGAGUUACGGUCCCUGCGUGAGAUGUGGGAGUCUUUCAAUGACAGUCUCAAUGACACCCAGCGCCAACUAGAGAGUAGCCGCAUGCAGUGGUCAACAUUUGAUGACAAUUACGACCAACUGUCCAAGUGGGUGUCGGACAUGGAGGGUCAGAUAGAGGACGACCAGGAUUUGUGUAACUCCCUUCAGGAGAAGAAAGCCAUGCUGCAGCAUUACCGGACCCGUUGUCAGGACAUCAUGUCGCACCAGACAAUGAUUGACAGCAUCGGUGAUAAGGGGACUGCACUCUCAUCAACACAAGCAAAAAGCAAGCUGAACCAACUCAACAACCGCUAUCGCACCCUGUGUGGUGGUGCUCAGGAUCAAGUGAAGACUGCCGAGGGCUUUGUUGACCAGCACCAGCUGUAUCAAGACAGCUAUCAGCAGUGUCGCGAUGCUAUGGCCAUGACCAAGGACAAACUGGCCGUCUGCUCAGAGACGACGGGUGAUCGACAGGCAUUACAGAAUAGACUGGACAGAGUACAGGACCUGACGACUGCUCUGCAUGAUGGUGAGAAAAAGGUCAAGGACACGCACGUGCAGGGUGAGAAGUCAAUUCCCCAGACAGGGAAACCAGGUCAGGCAACUAUACAAGCAGAACUGGAAAGCCUGACCACAGAAUGGGAAGGUGUGGUGUCACGUCUGGGGGAUACUCAGCAGAGCUUAACGCAUGCCGUCCAGGCAAUACAGAGUUAUGACAGCUCAUGUGAAUCACUCAACAGGUGGCUCCGUGAUGUUGAGAUACAAAUCAAGGAGCAUGAACUCAAGUCAUCACUCAAGGAAAAACAUGCUCAGGUGGAAAAGUUCAAGACAUUACAAGCAGAAGUACAGUCCAAGCAGCCUCAGUUUGAUGAACUCUCCAACAUGGCGUCCCAAGUACAAGGAUCAGACACACGACUGGUUAACUUCAGUACUCAGCUUGGGACACGGUUCCAGACAGCAAAGACCAACCUUAGGGAUGUGAUAAGCCGGCAACAGGAGCAUGCCCGGGAACACGAGGCAUACCAGGAAAACUUCGCGGAGUGUUCCGAAUGGGUUGACACACUACAUCAGCGUCUGCAAGUUUGUGCAGACCUUGCCGGUGAUAAACACGACAUCGAGGACAGACUCACCAAACUACAGGAACUGAUGGCCGAAAAAGAUCAGGGAGCAACCAAGAUCCACUACACAGUAGAAUGUGGCGAGAAGCUGUACCCAAGUACUGCAUCGGAGGGCAGAGAUGUCAUACGCCAGGAACUGCGAGGACUCCGUGACCAGUGGGAACAGGUCUGCGAUACGCUGUCUGACACGCAACGCAAGCUCGACACCUGCCUGCUGCAAUGGUCUUCAUAUGAUGAGAACUUUGAACAGUUCCAGAAAUGGCUGCUAGACACAGAGAUCCAGUUACGAGAGGAUACAGACCUACGAGCCACACUGCCAGACAAGAGGGCCCAGCUACAGAACCACAGGGUGCUUCACCAAGAUAUCAUGUCACGUCAGCAUGUGAUGGAUAAUUUGUCCGAGAAAGCUUCCAAGCUGUCCCAUUCGUCACCAGUGACGAAGGCUGGUAAGUUUGUGGACGAGUUACAUAGGAAGUACAACAAGCUGUGUGGGGAAUCGAAGGAGCAUUUAGAGGAGCUGGAAGGUGGGGUGAAGGACCACCAGAUGUACCAGGACACGUACCAGGACUGUCAGGACUGGCUCAACUCCUCGCGCGAGAAAGUGGAGGCCUGCUCCGACACUUCUGGUGACAAGAUGUCGAUCCAGCAUAAACUUGACAGACUCAAGGAGUUUUCUGAGAAGGUAGAAGAUGGUGACCACAAACUUAAAGCUACCAAAGAGCUGUGUGAGAAGUCAGCACGCGGGACAAGCCAGCCAGGCCGUGAGGUUUUGCGACGUGAGAUGGACCACAUCCAAGGGGACUGGGAGGACUACCUCGCUCUCAUGUCACAGGCUGAGGAGGACCUAGGCAACGCGUUGGUACAGUGGGGCGAUUUUGAGGGCAAGUUUGGCACAUGCAAUACCUGGCUCAAGGGCAUCGAACAGCAGGUCAAAAACUACGAGCUCAAGUCUACACUGAAGGAGAAACAGGAACAGGUGGAAAAAUUCAAGCGACAACGUGAAGAGAUCCUCACCCACCAACCAGAGAUUGACCGAUUCACAGACGAUGCACAGAACUUGAUGCAUACCAGUGCUGAUGCUAGACUAAGUACACAGGUGUCCCAACUGACCAAUCGAUACCGAGGCCUGCUCUCACUGGUCAAGGACCUCAUUACAAAAUGGGAAAAGUAUGUCCAGGAUCACCAAGGUUACGACAAUCGUCAUCAGGAGUACAAGACAUGGCUGGCACAGGCGACAGAGAAACUAGACGCCUGUCAACGUCCGGCUGCUGACCAGAACACCAUGGAGGAGAGACGAGUCAUGAUCCAGAUGUUGUUAUCUGAGAAGGACCAUGGCCUCCAAAGGCUGAAUUCUACCAUAGAGUCUGGUGAGCGUCUUUACCCUGACACUGCAUCUACUGGACGGGAGAAGGUUCGUCAGCAACUACGACUCGCAAAAGAUGAAUGGGAUCGACUGUUCAACAAUCUCAAUGAUGCCCAACGCCGUGUCGAGUCGUACAUGAUGCAGUGGACAUCAUAUGCUGAUGGCCAAGACCAGCUUCUACGAUGGAUGUUAGACACAGAGACAGUUCUGACAUCAGAUGUUGAUCUCAAAAACACGUUACAGGAGAAACGAACCAAACUUCAGACUGUCAGGGCCGUGCUUCAAGAUGUGUUGUCUCACCAACGCCUUGUGGACUCCGUCGUAGAGAAAGCACAGGGUGUUCUUCAGAGUACAUCCAACCCAGAGGUCAAGACGUUUAUCACUGAUAUCAACUCGCGCUACGAAAACCUCACCACAACCUCAAAGGCUAUAAUCCAGCAGUCGGAGCAGAAUGUAGUAGACCACCAACAAUACCAGGACUCGCUACAGGCAGCAGUGGACUGGCUCACGCUGAUGAAGGACCGUGUCAGCAUGUGUUCCGAUACCUCUGGGGACAGACAUACCCUCAGCAACAAACUUGACCGAGUCCAGGAGCUGCUGGCUUCCAUCCCUGAAGGAACUGCUAAGAUUGCCGAGUGUGAAGAGUUGGCAGCAACCACUGUGGAAACAACGGCCCUGAAGGGUCGCCAGGGAGUACACCAAGAAAUGGACAUGCUGAAGAUGGACUGGGACAACUACACAUCUCAAAUUAAGGGCCUGCGUGACGGGCUGGAGCGUGCCGUUCAACAGUGGGGCAAGUACGAGGAGCAGUAUGACCGCAUCUCUCACUGGGUCAAGGACAUGGAGAAGAAGGUCAAAGAAUCUCCUCCCAAAUCAACAUUGGAUGACAAACAGCUACAGCUUCAGAAGUUCCAGGAAAUUGCAGCAGAAAUCUCCGAGUUCCACUUGGAAAUGGACCAGUUUGUUUCUCUGGAAAGUGCUUUGAUGACGGAGGUAAGGGCACAUCAGAGAGAAAUGGAUCACUUCUCUGACGAGGCACAGACACUACAGCAGCUGACUGGUGAAGUGCGUGUUGGCACAUCUGUCUCACAGCUCAUGUCACGCUACCAGACCCUACAACAAAACCUUAAGGACCAACUGAAGAAAUGUGAACAGAAUGUGACCGAUCACAAACACUACAAGGAUCGGCAUGCUGACUGCUCACAGUGGCUCAACAAGGCCAAGAGCAAGUUCUCAACGAGUGCUGAAACUACAGGCUCAAGGAAUGAACUGGAAGACAGACUGGAGAAGAUACAGGAAUUGGCCAUGGAGCGUGAUGCUGGCUUCACCAAGUUGAACCAGGUGGUAGAAGCGGGAGAAAAGCUGUACCCGAACACAGCACCAGACGGUCGUGAAGUGGUGAGACAAGAGCUACGACAAGUCAAGCUGACCUGGGAAAGUCUGUUUGAUGAUCUGUCUGCUGCACAGCGUAAGAUGGAGGUAGCGCUUGUCCAAUGGACGUCGUUUGAUGACAGCUUUGGACAGGUGGAGCACUGGCUGCGUGAGAUGGAGUCGCAGCUCGACGGAACAGUGCCCCUCAGGUCCACGCUGGAGGAGAAGAAAAGCCAGUUACAGAAUUACAAAGUACUACACCAGGAUGUACUGUCCUAUCAGCGGGUGAUGGACAGUGUCAAUGACAAAGCUCAGAGCCUGGUCCAGAGUAGCAGUGACCCACAACUCACCAAGUUUGUCACACAAGCACGAACACGCUACCAUAAAAUCACCGCCACAGCCAAGGAACGGGUCCAGCAGUACGAGGCGUUUGUAGCCGACCACCAACAGUACAAUGAUGCCUACAACAACUGUAUUGAAUGGCUGAAUGGCAUUCGUGAGAAGCUGUCUAUGUGUGCCGACGUAUCAGGUGAUCGCCACACCAUACAGAACCGACUCGACAAGAUUCAGGGUUAUUAUACUGGACUGUUAAAAAGUAUGGAAUUCACAUCCUACUUUAAAUUGGGGGACAUUGUUGCGACCAAAAUGGAGGGCGAACCCAAGGUAAAGAAUGUAGUAAGCCUUUCUGAGAAGGUACUACCAAAUACUGCACCCCAGGGCAAAGACAUUGUCAUGAGGGAGACUGAUGCUCUGAAGGAUGAUUGGGAGGCGUUCGUCAAUGCCCUACAGAAGACCAAGUCUGAUCUUGAGAGCUGUAUGGACCAGUGGAAAGAGUUUGAUGCUUGGCAGGAAAAAGUCUCAGCCUGGCUCAAAGAUAUGGAGGUCAGAGUUCGUGAUACUGAGCUCAAGGCUACACUGAAGGACAAACAGUCUCAACUGGACAAACUAAAGAAACUUCACCAGGAGAUGAUUGAUCACCAAGGUGAUGUGGAUACCCUCAGUGAUGCGGCCCAGGACCUGGUUCGUGUCAGUACCGACACACGUGUCAUUAGUCAGGCGUCACAGCUAGGGACAAAGUACCAGACAAUCUACAUUAAUGUCAAGGAGUUGUGUCGUCGCUGGGAGCAGUAUGCGCUUGACCACCAGGCAUACACGUCUUCAUUCAACCAAUGUAAGGCCUGGCUCAGCGAGAUGCGUAAAAAGCUCCAGGCACAUUCAGACAUCAGUGGUGAUCGUCAGGUUGUCAAGGGACGCCUGGGUGAUGUCCAGGAGCUCAUGGGUGACAAGGAGGAAGGAUUACACAUGCUUCAGAUCGCCCUCGACAACCUCCAGAUUGUGCUGCCCAAUACAUCCGUCCCAGGACGUGACAACAUGAGGCGAGAGAUGCAGGGUCUACAGGCAGAGUAUGAUGCCUUGUCAGGGGACCUUAAUGACCUCAAAACCAAAUUGGAUGGCACACUGACCCAGUGGACUGUGUAUGAUGACAGUAUAGACCAGCUUGACCGAUGGCUAUCUGACUUGGAAAAACAGCUGGAGAAUGAGUCGCAGCAACAGAACACUCUACAAGAAAAAAGACUUCAACUUGAAAGGGUUAAGGUGCUUCAACUGAAUGUGAACAGUCAGCAAAGUACCAUUGACAAUCUUAAUGACAAAUCAGAGAAUCUCAAACAGACUAGCAAAGAGGCCAACCUCGGUAACCAGAUCCGGCGACAAGUCAGUCGAUAUGAACGACUUCUUGGUCGAGUUAAGGAUCAGCUGGUGAAGUGCGAGAAGAAUGUGAAGGACCACCAGGCUUACAGGGACACAUUCAUGGAGACCUCCGAUUGGCUGGGCACUGCCAUUGAAGGACUGAACUCUUGUAGUGAUGUCCGUGGUGACAGGACGGCCAUUGAGGCACAGCUCCAUAAACUACAGGACGUGUUCAGCACUAAUGAUGUGGGUAAAGAGAAACUAGAAGUCACCAUUGCAAAGGGAGAGGUUGUCCUACCAGAGACGUCGGCACAGGGACAAGACCUCAUCAAGGAGGAGCUUGCUAUGUUGUCCAACGAGUUUGAAGGAUUUAUCAAUGAGUGUGAUGAACUCAAUGCAAACCUAGCUCAUCUCCUGGAAGAAUGGAGUAAAUAUGAAGACCAGUACAAGGAGUUGAGUCAGUGGAUCAAGGACACUGAGACAGACAUGAAGGCUGACUCUGAGCUUAAGGCAACACUGGAAGAUAAAACUGUGCAGGUGGAGAAACAACAUGCUGUCCAUGAACAGAUCCUCAACAAGCAGCUGACGUUUGAUGCUCUGGCGGAGCGUUCUCAGACCUUACUUCAGUGCACCACAGAUAAUCGUGUGACCUCCCAACUCACCCAGAUGAGCUCCAGAUACACAAGCCUCAUUGCAGCCUCCAAGGACCUGUUUAAGCGGUAUGAGCAGUACACACAGGACCAUGCCCAGUAUGCUGAUACCUUCACCGAAGCUGCCACCUGGCUCCAGUCCACGCGGGACAAGGUGUCCGUGUGUGCAGACAUCUCUGGUGACAAGUUCAUGAUCCAGAGCCAGCUGGAAAAACUACAGGAGUUUGUCGUAGUUAAAGAGGAGGGUCAGCUACUGAUCCACACAGCAAACACCUGGGGAGAGAAGACGAUGACCAAUACGUCGAUGGAAGGCCGGGAAAUGAUCCGCAGGGAACUUCAGCAGCUGCAGCAGGAGUGGGAGAACAUGCUAGGGGAGAUAACUGACACCAAGGUCAUGCUCGAGUCGUGUCUGCUCCAGUGGACUGACUACAGCGACAGCUACGACAAAAUUCACAAGUGGCUUCGUGACAUGGAGAAGCGUCUCCGCGAGACGGAGGCCAAGGUUGACCUCGGGGAGAAGAAGGCAGAGCUACAGCGACUCAAGGGACUGUACCAGGAUGUGAUAUCGUAUGAGCAGAUGAUCGAGUCUAUUGGAGUGAAGGCCACUGACCUGUCCACCAAGAGUCCAGUCAGCAAGGCUUCCACGGAUACAUCCAACAUCCUCACCAAAUACACCACCAUUAAAGAUCAGGCCCAGGACCUGUUGGCGAAGGCAGAGCAGUGUGUGGCUCAGCACCAGGCCUAUCAUGACACAUGUAACGGCUUCCUGUCCUGGCUACGCACCGCCCGCGAAAAAUUGGCAACCUGCUCCGACACGUUUGGCGAGAAAUCUGUCAUUAUUACCAAGAUUGACAGGGCAAAGGCUCUGAUGGCAGAUAUCAGCCAAGGAGCACAACGGCUGACCGAGGCUACAAAGUCAGGGGAGACAACUCUUUCAUCAACGUCGGCUACAGGACAGACGAAAAUUCGCCAGGAACUGGCUUCAAUGAAGCGAGAGUUUGAGGAAUAUCGUACUCAACUGACAGAUGCACAGGAAGAUCUGGAGCGAUGUCUAACUCGCUGGAACGACUUUGAGGAGAGCUACAAUUCAUUCAACAGCUGGCUAAAGGAGACAGAGGGUUACCUCAGGGCUGACCUUGACCUCAAAUCAUCCUCUGAUGAGAAAAAACGACACUGGGAACAGUAUCAGAAUUACCUGGAGGAUGUAUUGGCCAAGCAGAGCUCGUUAGACAAAGUGAAUGAGAAGGCUCAGGCUUUACUCCAAACCAAUGCUGAUGCCAAGACAUCACAUGCCAUCACCCAGCUGACCACACGAUACCAGGGAGUGAUCGCUCUGUCCAAGGACAUCGUCAAGAACCUAGAAGCCUACUUUGAAUAUCACCGGACAUACAAACAAAAUUUGGAGGACUUCCAGCAUUGGCUUCAAAACACUCAGCAAAAUCUGCGUGAGGUUCAGGAUUCGGCUGGUUCCAAAGAUGAUGUUGGAAGCAAGAUCAGCAAGAUUUCUGCGAUACAAGCAGCGAUGGACCAAGGACACAACUAUCUACGAGCAUUGUUAGAAUGUUCCGAACGUGUACUACCUAACACGAACCAGCGUGGCUGCCUCGUUGUGAAACAGGAGACAGAGACGGCCAAACUUGAUUAUGAGAAUCUCUUAACUGAUGUGUCACAAGCUAAGCGUAACCUCGAGUCAGCACUAACCCAGUGGGGUGAUUUUGAUCGUCUGUAUGACCACUUCAGCACCUGGUUGACCGAUGUAGAGGCCAAACUGAAAGCUGACCCAGUACUCCGUACCGAUCUCCCAGAAAAACGGUCAAGUCUGGAAAAGAGCAAGGCAUUACAAGCAGACGUGGCUCUUCACAAAGAUGCUCUUGCCAAGUUGGAGGACAAAUCUUCCCAUUUGAGGGAUGGACGUCCUCAAAGUGUGGCAUCCAAUCUCCGCUCUCGCUUCAACAAAGCAGCUAAUCAAUCUAAGGAGAUGACUGAGCGUCUGGAGGAACAAGUACAGAGCCAUGAGGAGUAUAGGCGUUCCUAUAUAGCCUGUCUCGACUGGCUCGCCAACAACCGACACCGUCUCCAACGUCUAAGUGACUACUCCGGGGAUCGACGGACACUACAGGACAGACUUCAGCAGCUCAAGGACUUCAAGGGUGAGAUGCGACAGGGUCAGGACAUGGUAAACAAUGCCACACAGCUUGGUGAGCGUGUGUGUCAGACAACGGCUCCGCGGGGACAGGACGCCAUACACAAGGAACUGACCAACCUGAAGGAAGACUGGAAUGCUUUCGCCUCGUCUGUUAACGAGAUGGAGGCUAACCUAGAGGCAUGCAUCGGAAACUGGCUAGAACUUGAUGAGGAAUACCAACGCUUCCACCAGUGGGCUGAGAAAAUGGAAGGAAAGGUCAAAGGACUGCAAGAGAACAAGCCGGACCAGCAACACAAGGAACAGCAGCUCAUGGAGGCAGAGGAUGUUUUUGAUGAGGUCCUGAAGAGGAAGGCGGCUCUGGACCACGUCAAGGACAGGACAGAUGCUGUAUCACAGAGGAGCUCUGAUCCACGGGUGUCAAACAACAUGAUGCUACUCUCGGCAAAGUACCAAGGACUUGUGUCUGCCGCCAAGGGAAUGGUACAUAGACUGUCAGAGAACGCCAAAGACCACAAAAGUUACAACACAGCCUUCGACGAGGCUGCUGAUUGGCUGUCAGAAGUUGAUGAGCGUGUCACUGUAUGUAACGACACGUCAGGUGACUGGCAUGCCGUUCAGGAUCGAAUGGAUGAUAUCAAGGACAUUACAACAAACAUGGACGAGGGACUGAGAAAGGUGAACCUGGUCUGUGACCUUGCUGAGAGAAUUCUACCCAACACAUCAUCUGAUGGUAAGCGGAUCAUUGAACAACAGGUGACAGAGCUGACAAACGAGUGGGAGAAACUGAACCAGGCUAUCUCCGAGUGUUCAGCCAUGUUGGAGGGGGUUCAGGAUCGCUGGAAUGAUUAUGAGGAGUAUUAUGGCAGUCUGAUCAAAUGGCUUGCGGACAUGGAGAACCAGCUGGCCAUGGACCCCGAACCACGGGCCCAGCUUGUAGAGAAAAAGACACAACUUGACAAAUUCAAGCUGGUGAUGAGUGAUGUUGAAAACCACAACCGCCUCGUCAAUGAGUUAGCAGAACGUGUUGCUAAUCUAGAGGCUCUGAGUGAGAACCAGGAGGUGGCUGAUACCCUGGCUAACGUUCGCGACCGAUACGACAGAGUCCACACCCGAGUACAGGAGAUUGUGGCCCAUCUGGAGCAAGCUUACCACGAUCACCUCGACUUCCACGAGGCUCAGCAGGACAGCGAGAAAUGGCUGCUACAGACGUCAUUCAAACUGAUGUCCCACAACUCCCUCAAUGUCAGCACCAUGGAACUUACACAGCGACAAAUCGACAAACACCGGGGCCUGAUCAAGGAUAUAGAGACAUACAGGUCAACACUGGACGAGGUGUCCAACCGGGGUCGUAAUCUGGUCCAGGACAAUGUCCGAGUGCCUAAGAUGGCACAACAGGUCCAGUCACAGAUGCAGAAUUUGGAGGAAAGUUAUCUCAACUUACAAACAACAGCCGAGCAGAUCAGGAAUCGACUUGGUGAUGUCAUGCAGCGCUGGCAGGACUACAAGGAUCUACUUGACAAAAAUGACCAUUACCUUAAUGAAGAAUUCCCUCGUUGGCUUGGAGACUGUGAUGCUCAGGUGCCUGAUAACCUACAGGUUGCUCAGAACAAACUUGACAACAUAAGGACAAUGUGGGAGAAAUUGAAUGGGUUGAAACAAGAAAUGGCGAACGCAUGUCAUCGUUGUGACAAUCUGGGUAGCAUGGACAGUCUUGACCAGAGUGACAAGGAGCUGCCAUCGCCAAUGUCACAGCUUGCUGAUCAAGUUAACUCUGAACUCAAAGAAGCCAUAUCACAGGUUGAGAAGCGGAUGGAAAACGUGAGGGAUACGAUUGGUCAGUGGGAAUCUGUUGAUCGUCAGAGGACUGACCUAAGGAACUGGCUGCACAGCAAACAGGAGAACCUCCAGGAAAUGGAGCAGCGACCUGCUAAACUUCAUGCUGAGGCAGCCGAGCUGGAAAUCGCAAAUUUACAGGCUUUGAGAGAAGAGGUCCAAGGGCGAGGACCAGCCAUUGAUGCGUUCCUGAACCGGUACCGUGAACUGACCCAGCACAACCCUGCCCUUGUGGACCCAGUGAUGCGUGCAGUGCGUGAGGACUGGGAAGAACUUCUCGGGCAAAUUGAAAAUCUUCUAGAGGAUAGGGAACAAGCUCUCCAGUGUAACCGCGACCUCCAGGAGCAGCAGACUGACAUGGACCAGGAUCUGGCCAAUUUUGUGGACGAGCUUGAGAAGAUAGAAGCUGCAGACGUAGCUGUCGUGGAAAAGUCUGCCCAGCUAAAGAACCUGUCUGAUCAACUUGACCUCCGGCGUGAUGCUGUGGAUGGACUGCGGACAAAAUCGGGUGAUACACUCAAACGUGUCAGCCAAGCCGACCGUGAACUGGUGGAGGGACAAAUCAAAGAGAUUGAGAAACGGCACAGUGAUGUACAAGCUCGGGCCUCCCGGAGUCUGAAAAAGCACGGCAUUCUGGGUACGAAUCUGGAGGAGAUCCAGGGUGAAGUUGAUGCCUACAUGAAAUGGCUAGGUGACAAGGAGGCAGAGCUUACUCAGGACACGCCCCUCGGUUACAGUGUCAAGGACGCAGAGGCUAUGCUCACCAAACAGAAGGAGCUUGUUGUUGAGCUGGAGGCAAGACAAAUGACCUUGGAAAAUGUCGGUCACAAGGUCGAGGCCUUAGUCCAAGACCUGCCCCGUAAAGAGCGAGAGAUGGUGGAGAAAUGGGUCUCCAUGAUCAACGCUGACCACCAGAGGGUUUACGCAUUGGCUUUGGACAAACAGAAACUCUUCGCGGAGAACGUCAGCCAUCGAGAACUGUUCCAUUCUAGUCUCAACCGCAUCAACAUGUGGCUACAAAAUAAGGAGCGUGAUGCCAAUAAAUUAGAAUCCGUCCGUCUGCAGAGCUCUGAAGCCGAGAAACAACUUGAAAAGUGCAAGGUGCUUCUGUCAGAAGUGCAAGGUUACAAACCUAACAUUGACAGCCUGGCCAGACAGGUAAAAACUCUGGAGGCUGACUGUCCGCCGGAGAGAAUCGCUGAACUUCAACAUAAACUUACAGCCAUCAAUGAUGUGCAAUCCCGAUAUGAUGACCUUAAAGCCCUGUUAUCAGUGUCUCAAGGUCGUCUGAAGGACAGUGUAGCGUCAAGGAAGGUGAUGGAGGAGGAUGUCCACAAGGUGGAGCGUUGGUGCAAGGAGACAGAGAUGAAGUGUGGGACGGAGCCGUGUGUAGACUGUGCAAUAGAAGUACUGGAUGACCAGUACAAGCAAUAUAAGACACUGGACAAUACAUCCCAUAUGUUUGAAUCUCUGAUCAAAGAAAUAAAUGACCGGGGCCAGACCAUGUACCCGUCGCUUUAUGAACCUGACAAAUUCAGGCUGGACCAGACUCUUCAGGCUACUUCAGACAGAUAUGAAAAGGUCGAUUCUUUGGUGAAGGGUCGCCUGGCAACCCUGGAGAGUGCCAUAGCCACACGCAGCCAAGUCAUUGAUGAGAUUGAGAAAGCACAGGAGAUGUUGGUUGCCAUACAAGAUGACCUUCGUCAGGCUAAUAAGCCUCUUGGUAUCACGGUAGAAGAUGCAGAAGACUCGCUCAAUAAAUAUGAAACAAUUGGAGAAAAAAUGGUCACAUAUCAACCGUCCAUUGCCCAGCUUAACCAGGCUGUGGAGCGUCUCAGAAACACUGGACAGAACUCUGAGGCAGACGAGAUUCUACAGUUAACUUCACAGUAUGAACUUCUUGAGGACCAAGUUAAGCAGCAAUGCCGUAAAUGUCAGCAGGCCAUCACUCUGCGGCAAGAAUACACCAACCAGAAGGCCACUAUACAGGCCAUGGCUAUGCAGUAUGAACAGGAAGUAAAGGAGAUUGAGGAACAGAUUCUCCCACUACCAGUCAAAGUCGAGAGACUAAAGGCUGUUUCUGAGAAGGUGACCUCAGCUGAGCCCAUGCUUGCAGUUCUAGGUGACAGAGCACAACAGCUGAGCAUUGAGAGUAAAACUGAGGACGCCCGGCAGGUGUUUGAUGAAUCACACACACUGCGGGGGGAGCUGGAACAGCUGAAGAAGGCUGCUGACAGGAAGUCCAAACAGUGCGAGAUGCUUCAGCGCAACAAAGACGAGUAUGAAAACACAAUAUCAGCGGCGAUUGUUUGGCUGGAACAGAAAGAGGAUGUUCUUGCCGCCUGUAACCCACUUGACAUGGAUACCAGGAAGGUCGACCACGCCAUGGACAAACACAAGGCAUUGUCUAAGGAAGCUUUGGAGAAACUGGACAUGGUCAAGGAUAAGGCCCAGCUGGAAAUGGCUAUUUACCAGAAACUGGACGAGCCCUUACCCAUAGCCAUCAUUGAGAAAAUGGACCAAAUUAAAACUCUGGAGGACUCUAUCAAGAAUGCCAUUGGUAAAAAAGAGGGUUACCUUGAGGAGGCCAAGACCGACCGGGAGCAGCUAAACAUGUCGAUGAAACAGAUCACAGAGUGGCUGAGUGGGGCUGAGGACAUGCUUGAUUCAGGAUAUGAUGGUCUUGAUUACGACACACUAAACGACACGCUCAGUGAACAGAAGGACUACUUUUCUGAGGCGAGUAUGUGCCAGGAUGAAAUGGAACAGGUUAUGGACCUGUCGGAGCGCCUUUUGCCGACACUUGAUAAAAAUGACCAAGAAACUCUGCGUCAGAUGCUCAAAAACACCAAUCAAAAGUUGGCUAAUGUGAUGGCAGGAUCAUCACGGCAACAGCAGUUCUUGGAACUUAAGGCAGAUGACUGGCGUACCUUCCAGGAGGAUGGGUAUGGUGUGAUUGAGCAGAUAGACCAGCUGGAGGAGGAAUGGGGGGUGUUGUCACACAUGCCCGCAAUAACUCCUGAUGCUGUUCACAAGCAGACUGUCGCGACCAAGGACUUUCUUGCUAAGAUCGAUGAAAUAAGACCAUCAAUAAAUGACCUCAAUGAUAAGUUUCGUGAGCUGGAAAAAGCUGGCAAUGCAAGCAGCCGGGCCAUGGUCAGCAAACUUAUCACGGAAGUCAACGCACGAUGGAACAAACUGGUCUGUCAGACAGAAAACAAUCAGAUGACCAUGCAGGACCUUGGAGCACAGUGGGACGAAUACAACACCCUGCUGUAUGCUGUCGAGACAAUGCUACAGGAAGCAGACGCAUCACUUCCGGGUAUAGACGUGGAAAAUGCCACAAGUCAUGACUUGGUGAAAAAGCUCAAUGAAACUAAGGACCUGUGUACCACACUGGACAUAUUUGCACCAAAGAUUGAUGCACUAAAGAAGAGUGCGCAAAACCUACAAAGGAAUCUGCCCACAGCUGAGGCCAAAGUUCAGACACAGGAACAGGUCAUGGCUCUGUUGGAGAAACUGGAAAGAAUUACUGACCAAGCCAACGAACGGGAAGCCAUCAUUCUGGAGGAAAUUGAUGAUAGGAGCUCUUUCCAGAAUGAGGCUGACCAAACAAUGGCUUGGCUCUCGGAGACGAAACAUGAACUUUCUCUCAUGGACCCUGGCAAAGAGGUGUCUGAUGUGAUGGAGAAAAUGGAAAAACAAAAGGUGCUUGAACAGGAGGUAGCCAUUCGCAUGGAGCAAAUGCGCCACAUGGGUCAGCUCCAAGAAACGAAAUAUUCCACCAUGGGCAAGGAUAUUCCAGUCGAGAUGAAAAUGCAAAUGUCAAGCUUACGUGAACUAGAAGCUGACGUUGGCAUGGCAAUGAAAGCAAAAGAGGAGGAGCUACAGCAUAUCAAGGAGGACAGAGAGGAAGUGACCUCGGCACUGCGGGAUGCGUCCGCCUGGCUGGGAGAGGCGGAGCUUCGUUUACAGGAGCGAAUCAUCAACAUUCCAGACAGUCAACAGAAACAUCAGGCUCUACAAGACGAAUUCAAUGAGUUUAAGCAAGUGCUGGAUAAGUUACGAACCAAAGGCAGUGAUCUUAUAAAGCACACUCCUGACUCUGUGGAGAAACAGAUCGUACAGAAGGCCCUUGCAGACACCAAUCGACAGUGGCUCGCUCUCCAGGCGAAAUCGGCCGAGCAUGCUCGCAAACUUGCGACAUCAGAGGACCUGUCCAGCACAUUUUAUGAGGUUGCUGAGGCAGUAAGAAAUUGGCUGGAGGGUGCCGAAUCAGUGGUCAAGACUAGACCACAGUACGGUCACUAUGACAAGCUGAGGGAACAGCUCAAGCACCACAGGAGGCUUGCCCGUGACCUUGACCACAACCAAGGUCGCCUGGCCCACCUAAACUCUUUGUCGAAGCAGAUGGAGGAGGUCUGUGAUUCUUCAUCAAGUCGAGAGCAACUACAGCAGCUGAACCAACACAUGUACAACCUGCAGACAGAUGCCUCUGACAAACUUAGCAAGCUAGAGGACGCAACGGAAGAAAUGGAGGACUUAGAGACAGAACUGACCAGUCUUCGCCAGUGGAUGGACAAUACGAGAGCACAAAUGACCAUGAGGGAUGCCUCCCUCACUCUCAAAGAUCAGCUUGCUAUGCAAGAGAAACUUGUGGAGGAGAUCGAGAGCAACAAAGGGAAAGCACUCCUGGUGAUACAGAAACAGGCAGAACUUGAGCAUGCCGAGGGUGAUCAACCCUCGGGGAACACAAACAAGCUGGCUAAGGAGAUCAACCAGCUCCAGUCAAUGGCCCGUGAUCAGUGUGCCACACUCCGAGAGGCUGUCGUUCAACAGGAACAGUACGAGGGCGACCUACAAACAUUGACUGCUGCCAUCAACGAUGCUCAGGAAAAGCUUCUUGCAUCACCUGUCAAUCCAUCUGAUGUCAACUCCCUCAAAAAGCAGAUUGCGGAACAUAAUGCUCUUGCCAGUAAGAUUAAAACGCAUCAAGCUAAGGUAAAUGACAUUAAUGAAAAACGUCGUGCACUCAACGAGAGAAGCCUUUUGAUUGGCCCAGACGCUGCAGAAAAACUGUGUGAGCUUGGAUAUUACCCAUCAACACUUUCGUCACUCAAAGUUUCCGUUCGGCCAGAAUCCACAGCUCAUGACAGUGGUGUUUCAAUGUCACCGCUCACAUCUCAUGAUGCUACCCCACAGACAUUUUCGGAUGUUGAUUUUUCUAACUCCACUCAAAGAUCGGGACGUUCUGGCAGAGAUAAAUUUAGUCCCAUGUCAGGUGACCGACCUUAUAUGGAGAGUACAAACAGUCUCUCGGCACGUUCAGAUGACACAGAUGUACUUCUAUAUGAAAGUCUGGAACCAUUGUAUGUACCACAAGUGCACUCUGGCCGUCGGGCAAAAUCACCUGGGCCACAUCAUGAAAUGAAACUAGAUUUAUCGUAUUGGUCAAAAUCUGGUCACCAUGAUGAUCCGGACCAAACAGCUAGUGGUAGUAGUGUCCGUUCAACUGACCGCCGAUCUUCCCCCUGGAGGGAACGGUCAUCUUCCCCCUCCCCCCGGAGGGUAACAUCCCAACCCUCUGAGAAUAGGUAUAACCAGCGGUACCGACCGUUGUCCAUGCGCUCCCUUUCCCCCACCUCCAGCAUGCAGGCUAGUUCCAGGGAGUGGAAGAGACCCAAGUUAAUCCCUCUGGUUCCGUACUCAGAAAUGGAUAUAUCUGCCAGUGUGCCAAACUUACUACAGACAUCAGAGCUAGAGCCUCGAGAGAGAAGUGCAUCUUUUGGAUCAAAACUCUCUCGUCCCAAGCCCCCACAACGUCCACUUGGCCACAGUGGCCAGGACACGCGCCUAGCUCAGCUCAACCAAUCAUGGAACUGUUUACAGCAGCAGCUUGGUGUGAGGGAACAGGAACUACAACAUGCCCUCCACAAACAGGAGCGCUACCAGCAGUGUGUUCAGGACGUGACAACAAAGAUGGAGCGGGCUCACUUGCGCCUCAAUAAAGGUUUCCCCUCGAGCCUGACUGAUCUGGACCGACAACUAAAUGAUUACAGGGAAGUUCUACAAGACAUUGAGGGUAUCAAGGAGGAUAUCAUACGGGUCAAGGAACGAGGACGACAGAUUGUGGAAAUAUCAGAUCCUGAAGGCUACAAGGCAAUGCAGGCUACACUCACCAUGCUUUCUGACAGGGUGGAAAGCCUACAAACCAUGGCCGACAACAAGGGCCGACAACUCCAGACUGCUGUCAAAGACAAGGAAAAGCACAACAUUUCACUGAAUGCAUACAAAAAACGAGUGAAAGAACUGGAGGACUGGCUGGAUGAGAUGAAGAUCCGACAGUCAGCCACACCCCUGCCCUCGGAUGCUGUUGACUCCCUCAAAUACAACCUGCAGGAAAAUCAGGUUUUACAGGAUGAAAUCAAUGACAAACUUCAGAUGAUAUCAGACCUUGCUGUACAGUGUGACAACCUCUGUGACAUGGAAAGUCCAACCAAUGCUGAGAAACUCAAAUCUCAGCUGACUAAUCUCCAGACUCAACUGGGAAAUCUUAAACUAGCCUCGAUAGAGAAACAGGCACCUCUGCGUUCGGCCAUAAAGGAGAGUGAACGGAGAAAGAAAGAAAUGGAUGAAUACGAAAAUAACCUGAAGAAACUUCAGCAGUGGGUGACGGAUACCAAACAGAUGACAUUGGCUCCCGUCCAUGUAGAAUCUCUCAUCAUUGGAGAGGACCAAAUCAACCUACAACAGAAGCUGAAGUCAGACCUCCUUGAGCACCGCCAGUUGGUACAACAGAUCUCAAGUGAUGCUGCAGGACACGAUGCUCGAGAUGAGCCUCAUCCUGAUAUCACCGCCAUCAGCGAGGAGGACCUGAAACAGAGGUGGCAGGAGAUCAGCUCAGAACUCGCUCACCGCAAACAGAGUCUUACAGACAUGCUGUACAAGAAGGAUGCUAUGGAUGGUGGGAGGGGCUACCCAGGCUGGCUGCCAGCCACCGAUACCAGCGGUCAACUGAAGGAUGUACGCCAGAGUCUGGCUGAGCUCAGCAACCUCUGGGGUCAGCUGCAGACUCAGGUUGAGGAUCGACAGGUGCGCAUUGACCGUGCCCUUGAGUUCCAGCAGAAGUACCAAGAUUCCCUACAGAGCAUAUCAUCCUGGCUUGACCUUGCAGAGCAGAAACUUUUCUCUCCAGACAUAGACAUGGACGCUGGCCAGCAGGUCCAGAAAAAUGAGGCCUUACAGCGAGAGAUCCGGCUGCUUCAGAACGAGAUUGGUCUGAUGGGGCGUACAUCCCAGGACCUACUCUCAUCGGUCAACAAAGAAAGUCAGGGCCUUGUGGAGGAUAGCCUUUCCAAUCUCAACAGUCGUGUCCAGAUCCUGGAGGAACAGGCUCGUAGCCAGGGUGACAAGCUCCGUCAGGUUGACAGGCAGGCGAAGCACUAUCAGGAUGAUUUGAGAAAUCUACAGAAAAAGCUGGCAGAGAUACGCACUUCUAUGGUGACAUCUAGUCCUUCCACCUCCCUCAACCAGCUCAUCUCAAACAUGCAGAGAAUUGAGGCUCAGAUGAAGAAAUGUGAAAGUCAACUGGAAGAGUUAAAGAGGAAGGGACAGGACUUAUCUGCCCUUGCUCCUCAGAUGGUCAGCCCAACAGAGCUAAAUGCCCUUCAGUCCAGCUACAGAGAUCUCCGGCAAAAGGUGAUGGAUAAGAAGGCAGACCUACUACAGUCCAUGUCCAUACAGGACCAGUAUGAGAAGAUGUUACUUGACUAUGCUGAGUUCCUGGAGACAGCUCAGGAUAAACUGAAGUCUGAGGAGAUUACUGCACGCGAUCUGGACAGUCUCAAGCACCAGCUGGCAGCCCACAAGGAUUUCUUCAGUGACCUUGAGGUUCACCGGGCCAUGCUAGACUCACUAGCCACUCAAACUGACCAGGCCACACAGAACAAACAUGCUGCCCAGAACUCCAGACUGACCAAUCUCACAUAUGUCAUACAAGAUAAAGCCAGUCUCUUUGGACAAAAACUUGACCGCUUGGUCAGACAGUGGACAGAACUCAACGAGAAGCACAGCAGACUGCAACGAUUUCUGGAUACAAUUGAGGAAGAGGUACCUACACCGGUAUCAAAUUCUGACUCCAUGGCAACCAUUCAGGAGAAAAUGGCCACCUACGGGCGGCUACAGAAGGAAAUCACAGAGGAGAAACCCAUUCUGUACCAGGUGGUAGACAAGGGCAAACAACUCCUGCACAGCAUCACAUGCCCGUCAAUGGAAAACUCGGUCGCUGAGGCAGGAGAGAGAUGGGUCGCUCUCACCACCAACAUCUCGCACGAACUCAAAAAAACUGAAACACUUGGGGACCAACUGCAAGAAUUUGAAGGUGAAGCAACUCUAUUCAGAACCUGGCUUAGCACAGCCAAACUCAAACUUGGUGACAUCAAACAUGUGUCGGAGCAGGAUCAGCACAGUAUCGCGACCAUUCGCGGUAAAGUCGAUAAACUCCUGGAGUUCCGUAAAGAAGUGGAGGUCCAGAUCCCUCUAAAGAACAAGAUACUGUCUGUAGGGAACCAACUGUCCCAGAAUGCCUCUUAUAGCACGGCCGACCUGGAGACACGCCUUGCCUGGUUUGAGGACCAGUGGGGACUCCUCCAGCAUGACAUAGGGAAGGCAGAGGAAUACCUCCACACUGCACAGAUGGACCUGAUGCCAUCCCGACAAGCUCUUCACGAACUGGGGGCAUGGCUUAAUGACAUGGAGGGGGCCGUCAGCGAAGAAAAACAGCGACCAGUACAGGACCAUGCUGAUAUAGAAGUCCUCCUCAAAAAGUUCAAGGACUUAAAGAUAGAGCUGCAGAACAAACAAUUGACGAUGGACUUUGUGAAUCAGUCAGCGCUGCAGACAAGUGUGCCAGAUGGGGAUGAGGCUCCCGUGUCUGCCGACAAGACAGACUUUGCUGAACGCCUGGGUAAUCUGAACAAAAGGUGGCAGACCCUGAGCCAGGAUGUGUCGGGGAAGCUUAAGACACUGGAGAUGAUGCACAGCAAGUGGGCAGAAUAUAACCGUGCAUUGCUACGCCUCCAGGAAUGGUUCCACGACCAGGAGGACAAGGUCAAGAGGUACCGACUCAUAGGUCACGAGGUCAGCAUCCGCCAGACCAUCAAGGAUUGUAAGAUACUAGAGCGCACCUUGACGAGUAAGGAAGGUGACAUUCAGAGUGUAAAGGCAUUGGGGUCACGGUUGGUCAGUCUGAGUGAGGACUCUCCGGAGUGCCAGAAGAACAUCCAAGUCAGUAUGGACAACCUUGACCAGCAGUGGCGCCACCUAUCACAGCAGGUGAAGGAGCUGGAUUCGGUGCUGCAUGACUUCUGUAAUCAAUGGCAAGCCUUCUCUAAGGAACUGCAAAACACCAACCAGAUCCUGUCAGAGACCGACUACUGUCUGGGUCGCUACAACCUGGUGGGAGGGGACAUCACUACCCUCAGGAUGCAGGUCGACAAACUCAGGAAUCUUUGUGGGGAGGUAGAGAGAGGCACAGCUGGUUACGACUGUUUUGUUACCCUUGGUAACCAGUUAACACAAGUGUGUGAGGCACCAGUACGGAAGGAAAUCCAGACCACACUAGCAGAUGUCACUGGAAAGUGGCGCCGUAUGAGUGGGGAGCUACAGGACCGUAGUGCACGCUUCGAGGACUGUCUCCAGCAGUGGCAACAGUACGAGGAGGAGUACAACUACGCACGGAGGUGGCUCGAAACAAAGGAGAGACAGUGUAACGAGCUGGUGGCUGUACGGGAGGAUAGCUCGCGCCGUGAAGAGUGCUUACAACAGAGCAAGGCACUGCAGCGAGAGCUAGAUAAUUUCCAGUCACGCCUCGGAUCACUCUACCAACUGAGUGACACAAUCACAAAAAAUAUGGACACCUCAUCUAUCGUUGGGAUCACCUCACGCCAGACUGCCAUCGAGGCACGCGUCAUGGCUUUACGACAAAUUCUCGCCAAACAGGUCAAGCUGCUUCAAGGUGACCUUUCACAGAAGCAGCGCUUCACAGAUCUGUUUGCAUCCAUGACAGCGUUCCUUGACGAAGCUGAACACACCCUCGGUGAUGAAGAGCUUCCAAAUUCAUCAGAGGAGCAGGCACUGCGGGAACGAUAUGAGGAGAUAAAAUAUCUCUCCUUGCAAUUCAAUAAUAACAUGCCACAACUGGAUGCUCUCAACGACCUCGGGUACAGAAUGGCCCUGAGCGAGGAAAGUUCCAUGGCGCUUCGGGAACUUAACCACAAAUUUCAGAGACUUUACAAUGAGACAAAGGAGCAGAACAAGAUACUACAGGGUAUCAUCCUUAUUCAGCAGGACUUCACGGAGAAGUGUGAUGCCUGGAUGACGUUCCUCGCUCAGACGGAGCAGGAUCUCUCCACAGAGAUUGCUGGUAAUCUGGCUGACCUCACUGACCAGCAGAGGAAUUUCGAGAAAUUUGAGUCCGACAUGUACACCAAACAACAAAUUCUGCAUGCCAUCAUCAGUGAUGGACAGAAGAUGAUGAAGGAAGGAAAGGUGGAGGACAAAGAAGAGUUCCAGCAAAAGCUUCACCUAUUGGCUGAGCAGUGGCAGAGUGUGGUGCGACGGGCCAAUCAGAGGAAGGCUAUCAUAGACAAUACAAUCAAACAGUGGCAGGCAUUCAAUGAGUUGACAGAGAGGCUUCGUGAUUGGCUGACAGAGAAAGAGUUCGGAAUGAAGGCUUUCGAGGUUGACUUGGUGUCGCUACAGAAAAUCAAAAAUCUAUUGGAAAAGGCCAGACACACGGAGACGGAGUUCAAACUACAGGAGGAUGUGUUGAAGAAGAUGCAUGACCAGAGUAGACCACUGCUGCAGCGUGCCGAUUCAGACGCCACUGAUGAGCUGAAAGUCUGCACGGCCCAGCUUCAGCAGUACUGGCACCAGUUGUGUGGUAGCCUUGACGACCACUGCCAGAAGCUGGAGGCGGUGCUCAGACAGUGGCAGGAAUGUGAGGAGGACAUUGAGGACAUCCUCGGCUGGCUGAAGGACACCAGGCAAAGCUUUGGGGCUGACCUCCCAACUGCCUAUGACCAGCUACAGGCCGAGCUAAACAGAUGCAAGGACAUAGAAACGGAGUUUGUCAAUGCUGAGAUCAAACGUGACACACUACUGUCGAAAGAAGCGAGGCUGGGUCAAGUCAUUCAACCCGACGACCUUAAUGUUCUCCACCAGAGGAUCAGACUCCUCAACAAACAGUGGGACGAACUCCGCAACCAGGCGGCGCUCAGAGCACAACGUAUAAACGACAACAUGUUCCGCUGGUCGACCUUUAAUGAGCGUGUCCGAGACCUCAUGGAGUGGACAGAUCAAAUGGAGGUCAAGGUCAUCUCAACAAAGAAAUACCACAUUGAGGACCUGCUGACCAAGAUGCAGAGGGACUUCCGAGAGGAGAUGGCUGACAGGGAGCGAGAAAAGGUUCGCCUUGUAGAACAGGGUAAGGAAUUAAUGAAGGUUAGCAGUGAAGUACGGUCCUCAGACAUCGACAAUAAAAUACAGCGACUCGAGGAAAAAUGGCAACACCUGAGCUCUGUACUCAACUUCAGACAGAGGAAGCUACAAGAGACGCUGUUAGCAGUACAGCAGCUUGACCUCAGCAUGGCUAACCUCCGCAAGUGGCUAUCUAACAUGGAGCACGACCUCAGUGGUCCGAUCAUCUAUCAAGUGUGUAACCGGAAGGAAAUCCAGGAGAAGCUCUGUGAACAGCAGGAGUUACAAACAGACAUAGAACACCACAGUGCUGGUGUCGGGUCAGUCCUCAACCUAUGUGAGGUUCUCCUUCAUGACACUGAUGCAUGUCCCUCCGAGGUCGAGUUCAACGCUCUCCAAACCGCUAUGAAGAACCUAGACAGGAGAUGGCGCACAAUUUGUCAACAGUCACCAGAACGGCGGGCAAGAAUUGAGGAGACAUGGGAGUUAUGGCACACUCUACUGGAGGACUUCAAGCUGUUUGAUGAUUGGCUUACGGACAUUGAGCAAGAGGUCAUAGGGUCACCUCGUGACCAGUUAGACGUGAGCCUUACUAAAGAAGAAGUUAAACAUUUCGAGAGUCUGCAGAAGAGAGUGCAUGAGAACCUGCCCAGCUUGGAAAGCAUCAACCGUCAAUAUCGUCGUCUGGCACGUGAAGGCCGUACUGAUCAUGCAAACCACUUGAAGCGUGAAAUGCAGGACGCAAACGAUAGCUGGGACAAGCUCCAGCAAUGCGUAUCCAACAUGACACGUCAACUCAAACAGUCAUCAAAUCUACGUCAAGACUUCACCUCAGUACGUGACGAUCUGUACACCUGGCUCAAUGAUACUGACAUGCAGCUUACCAACAUUGAACACCUGUUGUCAAUGGAUACGCCAACCAAGAUGGCCGAAACAAGGAGACUUCAGGACGAGAUUGACGGUAAGAAGCCACGUCUGGAGUACCUUGACCAGUCGGCACUCUAUCUCAUACAGAAAGGGGACAGUGUGGAUGCCGCCCUCGUACAAAAAGAACUUGAUGACUUCAAAGUUUAUUCCCGACAGGUGUUUGAACGUGUCACUAAGUACCAGAACAAGCUGCGUCGCAUUGCGGACAUUCAGGAGGAAGACAGAGUAAAAACUGACCAGCAGGCACGAGCAGGUGUGGACGAGAUUGACCUGUUGGAGCGUCAGUUGAAAGCACCAGACAGUCUGGACUGGGACAUGGAGGAGCUAGAGGCAUACCUCGAGGCCUCGCCCCCCGAAAGUCCUCCAGAGAAGCGACGAGCUUCAGGACAGGGAAUCCUACAGCAACGCCCUAUGUCACCAGUCAGGGCAUCAACGUUACGGAGGUCAAGGUCACCGACAAGGUCAUCCUCACCUCUCAGAACAUCCUCACCAUCCACCAGAAGGCGUUCACCCUUCAGACAGAACUCACCCAGUCGCUACGCCAACAGGUCUCCAAUCAGGUCACCUCGCACGGUCUCACCCAGCCGCUCAGAUGAUAGCUUCUCUGCAGGUCUUUCACGUGAUGAGAGAAAGAGGCGUAUGCGAGAGGAAGUCGCCCUGAGAAGUCGCGAGUCCAAGGUGGAGUCUUUGCUGGAGGAUCUGGUUGAUGCCCUAGAGAAUGCCAAACACAAGUUAAGAGUGGCAGAGCGGGAAAUGAGGUGUUCUACCCCUACCGGCCCCCACCUUGAUCAGAGUGGCGCAGACUAUGGUCAGACCAUGUCUGAGUGUGAGCAGAGUGUGGACACUGUCCGGAGGCUUGACCGACUCGCUAAGUCAGAGACUGGUCUGUCUGUAAUACCCUCGGCAGAUGAGGAGGUCAGAAACGUGUUACAGCGCUGGGAGAGACUGCAGGCCCAGGCCAUAGAGAAGGAUUACCGACUGUCACAACAGCGCCAGGACUGGGGUCAGUUCCGUACUGACCUCGACAACAUGCUGGCCUGGUUAGACAAUGCUGAAGCCAUGCAGGCUGGUCACUCACGUCUCCCUGGCGACAUCGUCCAGCUAGAUUCCAUCAUUAGACAACACAAGGAUAGCCCUUACGGUCCUAUGAAAGUAGAGGACUUUUUAGUACAACUAGAAUCAAAGAAAACCCGAGUGCUUUCUAUCAAUCUUAUCAGUAAAAACUUUAUAGACAUUCGCACUGACGAAGGUCGUCUGCUCAAAGACAAAUUGCGCCUGAUGAACCGACGUUGGGAGGCCAUGUGUGCCCAUGCGACGACACUACAGCAGGAACUACAGGUGGCACUGAUGCAGUGUCAAGAAUUCCACCACACAAUACAUGAUCUAUUGCUGUGGUUGGAAAACAUCGAGACCAAACUACAACAAAAUGAGCCCAUCAACCUAGGUGCUGAUAACAGUGCCCUCUGGUCAAAACUCAAGAAACUCAAGGAGAUUCGGUCCGAGUUACAGGGUAACCAGCCGCGUGUGACAUCACUGAAGGAUACUGCUGAUCAGCUACUGAUGAACACAGACUCAACUGAGAUGGUCAAUGCUAAGGACAAGAUGCACAUCAUUGCCAACCGUUUGCGUUCCUUACUGCGUCUCUGCUCCUCUUACAUCCUCAGUCUGGAAGACCGACUGGAGAUCCGUCCUUACUCCAAAACACCAUCACCGUCACACAGCCUGGACGUAAGUGGUGACAGUCGCUCAUCAGAUCUCAGCACCGGCUCAGUCGUAUCACGUUCUGCAAGGACCAGUACACCAAGAUUCUCUCCCAACUACAGACCAGGCUCAUUCCUCCGCAACAGGACUCGCUCACCCUUAGCACUGUCCAGACAGCUGUUGUACGGACUGGCGCGACCGUUGCUGGGAGCAGGGGCCUCUGCCCCACACUCGGACAACUUAACCGGACCACGUGAUGAGGACCACGUUUCCGUAUCUGCGGGGCUGCUACGGAGGACAUUUUGGGCCGCUCUGCCAUUACAGAUUCUGUUCCUGUUGUUGCUAGGAAUUGCUAGUCUCAUACCAAUGACGGAGGACGAUUAUAGCUGUGAUUUAGUGAACAAUUUCCGCCGUUCACUUGGACCUAUGUUACGAUAUAAGGAUGGUCCACCACCUACGUGAAAAAGGGUUUUUUACUUUAGAGAGAAAAAUUGUGAUUGUAUUUAUUAUUAUACAGAUACUAUAUUUUCCCAUUAUUGUCCAAAAGGGACACACUGGAUGUGUGAAGAUGUGUCGAAAACCUUAUUCCAGUGUAGAGUAUGACCAAUGUCUCCUCUGAUUGGAUACACUGGAUGUGUGAAGAUGUGUCGAAAACCUUAUUCCAGAUACAUAUAAGAGUAUGACCAAUGUCUCCUCUGAUUGGACAAUUUACAAAGCAUCGAUACUUGUCCAGUGUAUUAAACAUUACUUGCCAUAACCUCAUCAGACCGACCUAAAGUCCCGUCAUCAUCAUCUGUAUAUAUUAUACAUGGUACAACCUUAUACUGUUACAUGUAAUGGUAUGUUAUUUUACAUUGUUAGUCUGUAGGACUGUUACAUGUAAUGGUAUGUUAUAUGUAAUGGUAUGUUAUUUUACAUUGUUAGUCUGUAGGACUGUUACAUGUAAUGGUAUGUUAUUUUACAUUGUUAGUCUGUAGGACUGUUAUAUGUAAUUGUAUGUUAUUUUACAUUGUUAGUCUGUAGGACUUGUUAAUUAAAUAUGAUAUGGUAUCCACAUGCUUUAUUGUGUUUUGCAUGUCCAGGAUAUUUGACAUUUUAUGGCAUACUUCCCCAAUGACUUGGUUUACCUUCCCUGUUAAAAUUGGAUCCAUUUUAUUAAACUCUUUUAUCCACUUUAUACAAAGGAAACAUUUUAGUUAACAAGACGAGUAGUUAGCACCAGUGUGUUAGUUGUUGCUACGGUUACACCAGUAUUUAGACACAACACAAGAGGCUUUAUAUUGAAUACUGUGUCAAUUGUGAGUCAACGUUUGCGAUGGCCAAAGGCUUCGAGUAUAACUGUGAUUUUACUGGCCGCUACUCUUGCUAUGAUUAUGCAUGAAAAUUUUGCCCUUUGUGAGAAUGGCUUGUCAGUGUCUCUUUGAUAUGGGUUCCCAGGUUUGUGGGUGUGGCUAUCUCAUUAUCUCCGCCCAUGAUGUUUGACUGACAGGUGUCAGAACCUGAAACCUCGGUAAGAUACACCAGACACCAGUGCUUGUUUGUAUAUAUAUCUAAUUUUGAUACAAUUGUCCUGUGGAUUGGUAUUUUACCUAACAGUGUUUGUAAGAUUUGUAUAAUCCUGCCUCUUGUCUUAAUGGCAGCAAUAUUGACUGUGAUAUACCUUUGACAUUAUCUCCUUGUUGUCUGUGCAUUUGUCGUAUUUAUUUAAACCUUUUUUUAUUUAUUGCUUGAAUCACAUAAAAAAGAUCUAAAGGAAAUAUUUAUACACAAUUUUAUCUAUGAUAAAUGUAAGAUUUUAACUAUGAUAAUUGGAACAGUAUACUACUUUAUAUGUAAUCUCAGUAAAUGUUAUUGCAGAGUACGGUUGUAAGGAGAUCGCUAUUAUAUGUGUGUAGGGUCGACUGCUGUAUAUCCUUAGUAGUGUUGUAUAGCCAUUGUGUAUGAUAACGAUAGCUGUGUAAUUAGUACCAUGUUAUAAUCUUAGCUGUUCAGCGUCUCAGAACUAUUUUGUUAAGAAAAGGUAAAAAAUAAAUAUUAUAAUA